AUGAAAAACGGAUCAGGCAACACGAACACGAAGCUCAUCCUCCUUCAUCCUUACAUCCAAAAACAAACGAGCACGACUCGUCUAUGGCUUCUAGCUUUCGUCUCUUUCUUCACCAUCGUUUUCCUCCUUACUCUCCUCUACACUAGAGACACAAUCCCUUCCAAAAACGCCUCCGUCGCUGCCGCUGUAGCCGCCGUGGUCACAUCCGCCACCGGAGUAUCAUCAUCAUCACCUCCGACGACCAUCUCCAACCCUAAUCUCCCCACAACCGCCAUCAACGCAUUGCUCCACUACGCGUCAAGAUCCAACGACAGUUUCCACAUGUCAUACGGAGAGAUGAAAUCGAUCUCCGACGUCCUCCGCCGCUGCGCUCCGCCUUGUAAUCUCCUCGUAUUCGGACUCACGCACGAAACUCUCCUCUGGAAGUCGUUAAACCACAACGGCCGCACGGUUUUCAUCGAGGAAAACCGAUACUACGCGGCUUAUUUCGAAGAAAUCCACCCGGAGAUAGAAGUUUUCGACGUUCAAUACACGACCAAAGCUCACGAAGCCGGCGAGCUAGUCGCGGCGGCGAAAGAAGCCGCGAGAAACGAGUGUCGUCCCGUGCAGAACCUCCUCUUCUCCGACUGCAAACUAGGUCUCAACGAUUUGCCGAACCACGUCUACGAUGUGGAUUGGGACGUGAUCUUCGUGGAUGGGCCACGUGGCGACGCUCACGAGGGACCGGGGAGGAUGUCGUCGAUUUUCACGGCGGCGGUUCUUGCUCGGAGCAAAAAGGGCGGGAGUCCGAAGACGCAUGUGUUCGUUCACGAUUACUACAGAGACGUUGAGAGGCUUUGCGGAGAUGAGUUCUUGUGCAAAGAGAACCUUGUCGAGUCUAAUGAUUUGCUUGCGCACUACGUGUUGGAUAAAAUGGAUAAAAACAGCACGCGGUUCUGUAGUGAUCGUAAGAAACGCCGCUCUGUUUCUUCUUUGUCUUAG